GCUGCCGUGACACAGCUCGUUAUCUCUAGUCUUUCAAUUCACCAGUUCUGAGUGCACUGCAUUAUAUUUUCAAUAUUUUGCAUUACGAUACACUGCGAGUGGCGUGCGCUGUGGCGAAUCCUACACCAACAAGAGCAUAGCUCUUAAAUUUGAGAUCACGACGCACUGCGUAUGGACGAUCAGAGUUUAGACUUUUGAUAAAUACUUUUAAUCUAAAGUGUGUUAUCCCGAAGACGUCAAGGAUUUUUAUUUAAGUUACAAAUAAUGGCAGAACUGUGUCCAAUUUCCUGCAUCUUGGUUACGAUCGCCAGUAUGAUUGUGCUGUUCCGCAGCAUUACAACGCAAUCUGAGAUCGAUCUGGUCGCUGACCGCUACGUCGCUGGUUACGAGGUGGGACACCCAGAACUAUGUCCAACGUUCGGCUCCGAACUGCAGUUAUUCAUAUUUAUAACCUCAGCACCUUCCCACUUCAUACAAAGACAAGCCAUCAGAAUGACCUGGGGCGAUACGAGAAAGUUUCCAAACGUGUCUUUAGCCUUUUUUAUUGGUAUCCCAUCAAACGAGUCCAGAUCUUUAAUCCUAGAGGAAGAGUCAAUAUACCGUGAUAUGAUAAUCGCUCGAUUUAUCGACACAUAUGAUAAUCUUACGCUCAAAAGUCUCUCUACGCUCGAGUGGCUGAAUACGUAUUGCCCUCUAGUUCCCAGAAUGCUAAAAACUUACGAUAAUGUAUAUAUAAGCAUACCUCUUUUAUUAAUAUUUGUAGAACAAACUUUACGAGAUAAUGAGACGAAAACAAUGUGGGGAAAACUGGAAUUAGAUCAUUUACCAGAGCGCGAUAAUACAUCGAAGUACUUCGUAACGGAGGAGGAGUUUCCUGGAAGCAAAUACCCACCUUUUGUGAGCGGUCCAGCGUAUUUGAUGUCGACUGAUGUCACGAGAGAUUUGUUUGCUGCCGCUGCUGAGGAGCCUUACCUUAAAAUUGAAGACGUAUUCAUAACUGGCAUUUUAGCAAAAAUUCUAAAUAUAAAACAAAUUCAUGUCAAAGCAUUCUAUAAAUUAUUUGAUGGCUCAUGGUGGGACGUGGUGAAUUAUAUAGCAACGCAUAAUUUAACAAGCGCUGAGCUGCUUUCAACGUGGUCACAUCUAGACCGUAUGGAACGUAUAAAUCCUCGAUAAACUCUGCUAAUGCGACAUAUUCAGAUUCAGUGGAAGAGAGUGCCACACGUUACAUUACGUGAACUAAUACUACUUCCGAUUGGUAUUAACACACUAUUUAGCUCUUAUUAGUUUGUAAUUAUAAUAUUUA